ACAGUCGAGCGUCAAGCAGCAGCCAGCUUUGGAUCAGUAUUCGGUCGGUUCUGUUCACACUGAACCGGCGUCUUUCCGUGAUGGUCCACUGGUGUUAUCAAUGUUUUCUCCAACAGUAGAUAAGAGUGACCGGAACUGUUGAUGCAUUCAUCGUAUUCUCUUCGUUUCAACGGCUGGUGAAGAAGCCGUAAAAUGAGUGGUGGAGUUGAACUGGAAACACCCGUGGACGGGACAGAUCCACUCACUCACUACUUCCACAAAAGCCCAGAGCAUUGCUCGGUAUCCUUCGCUGCCAUCAAUAAAAUGCGCCAAAAUAUACAGUUAUGUGACGUAACACUCCGUGUCGGGGGAGACGGGGUGCACGCUCACAAAGUGGUUCUCGCUUCCACCAGCCCCUACUUCUAUGCAAUGUUCAAUGAUGAUAUGGCUGAAAGACUGCAAAAGGAAGUUAUUCUACAUGACAUAGACUGCACUGCCCUGAAACUGCUUGUAGAAUAUUCCUAUACGGGAGAAAUACACAUCACGGAGGACAAUGUUCAGGUCCUAUUGCCAGCCUCAAGCCUCCUGCAGAUGAGUUCAGUUCGAGAGGCAUGCUGUAAAUUCCUAAUGCGACAGCUGCAUCCUUCAAAUUGCCUUGGCAUUCGGAGCUUCGCAGACGCACAUACACUCAUACACACACACACACACACACACACACACGUUUUGCAAUCAUUUCAAGAAGUGAUGAAUACAGAAGAGUUCCUAUUGCUUCCAUUUUCAGAGGUUGAGGAGCUAAUAUCAAACAGUCAACUAAACAUACCUUCUGAAGAGAAGGUGUUUCUGGCUGUACUUAGUUGGGUUAAACACGAUGUGGCUGAAAGAGUGCAGAACAUAGGAAAGCUUCUCAAACAUGUGAGACUACCUCUAAUGUCGAGAGAUUUCCUAAUGACUGCAGUAGACUCUGAAGCCUUAGUCAGGGAGAGCUCGGAAUGCAAAGAGCUGCUCCUUGAAGCGAUGAAAUAUCACCUUCUUCCAGAACAAAGAUCGGCCUUAGCAACCGAACGAACCACCGAGAGGAGGCCUGAAGGCAUUAAACCUUACAUAUUCGCUGUAGGUGGCGGCAGUUUGUUUGCAAUCCACAGUGAGUGUGAGUGCUACAACCCGCGCUGCGACCGCUGGCAGCCCAUCGCACCCAUGCUCUACAGGCGCAGCCGCAGUGGCGUCACCGGAUUAGGCAAACUGCUCUAUGUUGUUGGAGGAUAUGAUGGUGCCUCUGAUCUUGCAACUGCAGAGUGUUACAAUCCUCAACUUAAUAAAUGGAGUGCUAUAACCCCCAUGGGUACAAAACGUAGCUGCUUAGGAAUUACCGCAUUCGAUGGCUUGAUCUACGUGUGCGGCGGAUAUGACGGGGCGUCCUGUCUGAGUAGCAUGGAGCGCUACGAUCCCCUCACCGGAGUCUGGAGUUCUUGUCCAGCCAUGACAACGAGGAGGCGAUACUGUAGGAUUGCUGUGAUAGAUAAUUGCAUUUACGCGCUGGGCGGUUUCGACUCGACCAAUUAUCAGUCGAGCGUCGAGCGACUAGAUCCUAGAGAGGGCCGCUGGCAGGCUGUGCCCGCCAUGAACAGUCGCCGCAGCAGCUGUGGAGUGGCCUCGCUCGAUGGCCUGCUCUACUGCAUCGGAGGCAACGAUGGCACCAUGUGCAUGUCCAGUGGCGAGAAGUUCAGUUCAAGGAGGAACUCUUGGGAACCCAUUGCUUCCAUGCAUUCUCGCAGGUCGACACACGAAGUGGUCUCCUGCGACGGGAGCCUGCUGGCGCUAGGAGGCAACGAUGGCAGUUCGUCGCUCAACUCAGUGGAGCGCUACGAGCCGCGCCUCAACAAGUGGACGCUAAUGACGUCGAUGCUGACGCGACGCAGCUCUGUGGGCGCCGCGGUGCUCGAGUGCUUCAACAUUGAACGCAGCCUGGUCAGCAGCACCAGCACUGCCCCCUCCACUAGUCCCCCAUCCACCACCAAAAACAUUUGAUACUGAUCGUCAUUCUCCCGCUACCGACUCUAUUCCAUAUUCUCGCUCACCAGUCGAUGGUAAUAGGCCACGAUAUACAGUGUCCCACCAAACGUGUAAAAGCCCAACACCAUACAUUCUACACGUAAUUUGCAACAAACCAUUUUCAAUUAAUGUUCUUAUAUCGACCUUAGUUUUCAGAAUUUAUAUACUUUUCGAUAUUUUUGGAAAAUGUCAAAAACUAGAACAAUCAAAAUGUAAUUCUAAGGUAUGAUUGGUUGAAAAGAGGAAGAAAUUUCGAAUAAGAUUCAUUUCACAUUUUUGAACUUUUUAUGAGCGCUCCAAGUUGAAAAAAGUUCAAAGCCAUAUUUGUCGAGUUCAAAGCCAAAUUUCAAAUGCAAAUAAAAAGUUCAAAAACGUCAAAGGAACAAAUUAUAUGAAUCCUAAUGGAAAUUUAUUUCUCUUUCCUUUUGAAUUACAUUUUGAUUGAUAGCUUUCUAGCUAUUGACGUUUUUCAAAAAUAUCGAAGAAUCUGUAUAUCUCGAAAGCUAAGAUCGAUAUGAGAAAGUUUUGCUUGACUUUUUAUGUUGCAAAUUUCAUAUAGAAUCUAUGGUCUUCGGGUUUACACCUUUUGUAGGACACUCUGUAUAUAGUACAGAUACUUUAGUCAAGAAAGCUCAGUUUUCUCUUGACUGAAGCACCUAUACAAUAAUAGGGAAGGCUGUGGACACAAUAUGGAGUAGCUUGUCUUUGGGAUCUCUCUAGUAUUAAAAAAUGUACUCCAGCUUAAUGCCAAAGAAAACUCUAAUCCUUAAUGGGUUUAUACCAUAGAAUUAACUCGAAACGGACUUAGGAUAUUUUGAUGUGAUUAGGAGAUGCUUGUAACUAUUAAUAGACCCGUAUCUGCUUGUUGAACGAGUUUGUUGAAACGAUCAGAAAAUAAUAUAUUUUGUGAAGGUAAAAGGGAAAAUGAUGGCAAUACAAUGAAUAAGAGUAUAUUUUUAAGAGGUGAACUCCUCAAGUUGAAAGGUUCAGGAUGUUUCCAACUCAUCUAUUUUUUGAGCAACUAAAAAUAGUUUCGUUCAUUCUAUGUCAAUAUUAUAGCUUGAAACAAAUUUUAAUUGAAAUCUUAAAAUUUACGUUGCCCAUGAUUAUUUUAACUAUUUCACAACAUAAAUGAAAAUUUUCUUUUUAGGUUACUUAUUUUGUUAUAAGAAGAAUUAAUACAUCAAGUUUAUUUCCACUGUGAAACUUUCAACUGAAUUAUACAUAGCAAAGUCCUGAAUAAGUGUACACUUGAAGUGUAGGACUUCAAGUGAUUUUAUGAAAGUAUGAAUCGUUCAAGGUAAUAAGCAGUUUCAAAUGCUGAUGAUAGACUAGAAAUGAAAUGUUCAAAUUCUGACACAACAAUUGAAGUUUAAAAAACUACUUGAUAGUGAUAAGGGAAAAAUUGCACAAUGAGCCAACAAAAAUAAUUUCCUCGUUCGUGAUUUUACCCUCUUUACAGAUAAGUAAAGAAACCAAUCAGAUGAAUCACUUUUCUAAAAUAUUACUGAACUUAACAAAUUCAAUCAAUUCUAGAUCUGAAUCAGCCUAUUGUCUAUUGCUUGAUCUUUUAUUGUAUAUAGAAAAACAAAUGAACUGAAAAUAACCAUGUCGGAUGAAAAAUUUAAAAACAAAAUAUUGCAUAAAGGAUUCGAAAUAUCAAUUUUUUAUUGAAUGACAUCCAUGUUUCCCAUAAGAUCAUUAAUUGCACAUGAGAACAAUAUUUGACUUUAUUCCAUCAUUUAUCAUUCCGAUUAGCAUUCAGAAGCUGUUUUUUUCGACAAAGCUAUUUACCAAAGCUGAACCCUGAGAUACUAAAGAAAAAAAUGUAGUCGAAACAAUUAUUCGUAUACUAUUAUUAUUUAUUACGUAGCUUACUUUAGCUCUAGGUAAGGAUUUAUAAGUGAUUGUGUAAAACAUGAAAAAGCUAUGUUACUUGUUGUUUUAUUUUAAUCAAUUAAUGUUUUCGUUUGAAGCGCUAUAUGUUUCCAAUGUUGUUAACUUGUCAAUUAGUCUCAUUUAAGGUUCAUUCCAUAGUUGAAAAGAUUUUCAUUCAAAGAACUAGGUAACAUCAGUAAUUGAGAUGAAUAAGAAGCAGCUAGGAACAAAUAUGUUUUGGAUGGACAAAGACCCUUAAAACUGCACUAUUAGAGGAAUUUAGAAUGUUCUACUUUGUAUCUUAGUACAGUAUUCAUCGAUUAAAAAUUAUUUAUCAUGAUUUGGCGAAGUGAGCUCUAUCCAUCUUAUUCAAUAAAUUUACUGAAAGUACAAUUAUUCUAACUAUCUAGAUGCAUGUGUUAUAAACGAACAAUCAAUAAACAAUAAUCAUUCUUAACAUGUACAUCAUGAGAGCCAAGCGGUAAAAAUUGCUAAAUGCUUGUAACUAUGUAAAUUUGAAACAACUAAUUUAACUGUAUAUGAUCAACAGUAUUUAUGUAAAACAUAGUUACUGAAUCAAUUACUAUUGAAAUGUAAUAAUUAUCUAGAUUUGCUUUAUAGAAUGCUGUUUCGGAGCCAUUAUCUGUGAAGUGAUCACUGCCAUAAUUAUUAUUGAAUUGACGUUUCUAAAUUUUGUUACAUUGAUACUUUGUUUUAAAAUAAAAUGCGACUCAACUGACAA